AGGACUGGAGCAGAAGAGUUUAUUUGCAUUCUAGAAGAGCCCUCAGCUUUCUGAGCCAUGCUCAAGGAGGUGGUCUCUCUGGCGACCGCCUUCUGGGCAGGGAUCCAUACAGGGACUUUGCUGGUGGGUGCUGUCGUCUUUCUGUUCUUUGCUGACUUCAAAAGGCGGCGCCCAAAGAAUUACCCGCCCGGGCCCUGGCCUCUACCUGUGUUUGGCAACUUCUUUCAAGUGAACUUUGAGAAUUCACACUUGGAUGUUCAAAAGUUGGUGAAGAAAUAUGGGAAUGUUCUUAGCCUGGAUUUUGGUAACCUGUCUUCAGUGCUCAUAACUGGACUGCCCUUAAUCAAAGAAGUUCUUUCUCAGACAGACCAGUCCUUCGUGCAUCGCCCUGUAACCCCUCUCCGAGAACGUAUCUUUAGGAAAAAUGCAGAGGAGGAGGCAGUGUGUGAAAAAGCUUCAGACCUAAUCUUGAAAGAACUCUGCCAUUUCAAGAUUUGAUAGAAGAUGAAACAGAAAAAGAUAUAAGAAGUUUCUUGAAGGGUAUUAAAAAGAAAAUAUGGAAGUGUAUACCCUGGACUCCACCAGAAAUGAGUGUGCAAUUAAAUAAGCAUCUCAUGCUGCUAAAAGAUCAAGUGAAAUGAGGUUGAAAGAUAGUCCUG